AUGAAAGAUAUUAUCAGAUACCUAAAUAGAACAAGCAAGAACAGAAUAGAUGUACGGAGUUGCCUAGGUGACAUCUCUAGGUGUCAAGCAGGCCAGUGUGUCACUCUCAACGAUGUUGAAAAUGUCAACACGUUCACAGAUUUCCUGACCUCCAUCAACAGCUUGCUCCAUUCAGCUCUGCCCGUAGCAUAUCUUCUCCAGCGGUAUACACCUAGAGUCUUCAGGUCUGCCUCGACAUCAUCCAGCCAUCGCAGUCGAGGUCUCCUCCCCGCUUUCGUCCACAACCUGGCUCCUCAUAGAGUAGUUUUUUAA